AUGUCGACCUUCUCCGAGGCUGAGCCCGUAACACGUGAACGCCGAAGCAAUUCGCGAGCAUUGAGCCGCGUUCGCCAUGUACCGCCGGGGAAAAGAAUUGUGCUAUGUGAAGAUGGGACUUGGUUAAACUCCAGUAGCGACAGUCUUAAGAACUCUGUCGCCAUUCCAAGCAACAUAACGCGCCUAUCCCGUGCUAUCAAGCCCGUCAGCUCCGAUGGUAUCCAACAGGUUGUUUACUACCACUGGGGCGUCGGUGCGGGUGGCGGUGUCACGAACAAGCUGCUGGGCAUCUCUGGCGAAGGAUUGGCGCAAAUCGUGCGCGAAGGCUACCAAUUCAUCGCCAACAAUUACCAGCCCGGCGACGAGAUUUUCAUCUUUGGCUUCAGUCGAGGUGCUUUCAGUGCUCGCAGCAUCGCCGGUCUAAUUGGUGAUGUCGGCGUCCUCACCAAGGAAGGCCUGCCUUACCUCGCUGAGAUCUUCCGAGAUGCGCAACAUCAGCAUGAGCCAGAUUAUAGACCGAAACAUCCAGAUCUCCCCUUUCCAGAUAAACCCAGCGUCGCGAGUCCUGUGUACCUGAGAGAAUUGGUGCGCCGUCGCCUCACUAUUCCCGAUGUUCGUGUCCGAGUGGUCGGCGUCUGGGACACUGUCGGCAGUCUGGGCACGCCCAAGAUCGGCUGGCUGUCUCGUGUUGGCCUUCAGUCGGACAGGAUGAAGGAGCUUUCCUUCUACGACACUUCCUUGGGUAACCAUAUUGAUUAUGCUUUUCAGGCCUUGGCGUUGGACGAGCGACGCUUUGCUUUCCCCCCCACAUUAUGGGAAAAAUUCGAGGAUAACAGCACCACCCUCCGUCAGGUGUGGUUCCCCGGGGCGCACUCGAACGUUGGAGGUGGAUAUGACGACCAGCAGAUUGCCACCAUCAGUUUGGCGUGGAUGAUGGCUCAAUGCCAGCCCUUCAUCGAUUUCGACCUGGACUACGUGCAUGACCAGUAUGAGGAUGUCGAAGACUACUACGAGAAGACUGAUCAGAGACCGAGAAGAUGGGGAUUUGGCAAAAUCUUCUCUGGAAUGGAGGGAGUGUACGCCCUCGGUGGCUCGAAGAUUAGAACACCUGGCCGAUAUACCGCUGUCGACCCUACGAACGGACGUCAAACAGACGCCCCAUUGAUUGAAACCCAUGAGUACAUUCAUCCGUCGGUGCGUGCGAGGUAUAAACUUCGCGGCCCCGGACUGAAUGACAAGGGCGACUACGAUUGCACAGCGAUGCAAGAUUGGAAGCUCGUGGUCGAAGCACCCGAAGAAGCCGGCACGAAACGACCCAACAUUUUCUGGAAAGCGCGAGAUCGACCUCGAGAAGGUUUCGUCAAAAUACUCCCCGAGGCGCCUCUCUGGCAGCUGGAAACUGAACUGUUAUCCUAUGACCGAGAGACGGAAGAAUUCGUCCUGAGACCCAGCACUGUAAGGCAGGGCAGACGUAAAAGUGGGAGGAAGAUGGCCACCCGCGCCGUCUCGCCAGGGCCCCGCAGUCCGCGCAGUCCUCAGGGGAGGGUAUACUACGAAGAGCGGAUCGAGGAAAUGAGAGACUCUGACAUGUAUCCUUCGCGGGGUAGAGACGACAGAAAGCGAGAAGAGGAGAUGAGCCCUCCAUCGAGAAGGAGCUCGAGGUACAGAUGAUAUAGCUGUAGGUAGUGCGAG